UUGUAUCCUCUAGUGACAGGCGAUCGUGUCGCCGCUGCUCAGAGCAAUGGUCUCUGUUCAAUCCUUCGUGUAGGUCGCAAACCCGAUGGCAAAUUUCUUUGGAAAGAAGAAUCCGUACUGGCUGGUCACGGGGGCAUUGUAUCGAAUGUUGACUGGUCACUGGAUGGUCGUCUGAUCCUCACUACCUCUGCUGAUCGAACAGCUCGAAUUUGGUCUGUGAGUGGUGGAAUUCUUCGGCUUGUUAUCUCCUCAACUCGUGGUGGCUCUGCAAACGGACUUGGAGAAACCAUCUCCAAGUUGAAUAGUAAAGGAAAGAGUUCUAACGUCUCAUCGGAUUUUGCAGAUCAUGUACAGUUUGGAAAGUUUCAUUUAGAGGAUAAUUUCUUUCACCUAACUUGCCGAAAUGAAAUAUAUUUCUACAAAUACAAAAUUGAUUUGCACGCCAAUGUCCUCCAGAGGUGUCAUGUAGUCGCUUCGUGCAAUCGAAUAGCAAAGUUUGAAUUUGACAACUGUACCAGGCUGACAGCUGUUUCUUCCACAAAUUUAUUUUAUUCCUGCAAUAUAAUUUGCUGCUAUGUUUUCCUUCCAGAUCUUCUUUUGGCUGCCGGAUCCGAUCAUUCGUUGAACGUCCUGGAUAUCAAUAAAAAAAUCAUUGUUCGCAACAUUCCUGUGGUCCACGACGCUACUGUUACAGGAAUUGCCAUAAAUCAGGGUUCGUUAUAUUCGUCAUUCACGGGAGGAUCAGCACUUGAAGGAGAUUGUUGUGGUUGCGAUGGUUCCUACAGUCUUUUUGCCACUGUGGCGCCAGGUGACAGUGUCCGUUUAUGGGAUUUGCGGGUUGCCAGAGGCCAUGUGGCAGAGUUGGCUCGUUGUCGAAUCAUUUCUGGAGGUGGUGUUAGCGGCGGUUCAGUGCGGGAUGCUGCAAUUCCACCGGUUACCCUUACCUUUUCUCCCUGUGGAAAAUAUGUGUGCUUUGGGGCGCUUUCUUCCCACAAAACCACAUCAUCACAAUAUCUCAGUCCCACAGUCGUCGAUAUUCGAAGAGUCUGCAGUCCUCUCGCCCAAUUAAACUUCCCAAAUAAAAGAGCAGGCCCAUCCAAUGCUGCAACUGUUGUAGCGUGGAAUCCUCUUCUACCUGAGAUAACAACUGGGUCUUUGGACGGUCGACUUUCCGUUUAUGGUUGA